AUGGGCGCGGAAGCCGAAUCUGAAAGCACCAUAGAGGAGCGAAUCGGCCUUACCUCACUCUACCCAAAGAGCAGCAAGGACACAUCCAAGCCACGGAAGAACCUUAUCCUACGAACAGUUGCUGCCGUUCUCGUUGCUACCCUGGCUAUAUGCGGAGCUUACACGGUCGGAGCCCAAGCGAUCGAAACGCUGACACGGGAUGACGCCCCAUGCCUGUGCGGAUUCACAACUGCCGAGGGAAUUUCGCGGAACUGCCAGUUCGAUGAGAUUGAGUUAUGUUGGUUGAGACCGGAAUGCAUUGACUUCGAUCUCACGCAUGAGUUCACGACAGCCUCUCGUUCUGACAAGGGGGGCGCCUGGCUAUACCAGACGGAGAUGGAUGGCAAGUACCGUCUCAUCAACGGGACCGAGCUAUCUAUGCUGAUCGAGCCCGGGAGGACCAUAUAG